AUGGCAUUUGUAAAGGUGAAGAGCGUGGAAAUAUUUCAUCGGAAAUACGUUCCCGCAAAGGAUUCGCAUCGUCAGCCUCCUGGUAAUUCAAACGUUGAAUUUUAUGAUUCGGGAUUACAACUGUUUGGACGAAUUAGCCGGCUAUUCAAAGACAGUGUUACAAAUACUGUUUGGUUUUUGAUUCGACCCUUUGCAACAUUAAACCGCUGGGAUGAACCAAAGAAUCCAUACAAAGACCAUCCGCAGUUGAAUACAAGGCUAUUAUAUGCAAACAAACUUGGCAGAGAACUUGUCAUUCAUCAUUCACGGGUUGUAGGGCAUAUCGCUAUAUUGGAGAAUGAGGAGGGGACAUUUGGUGUGAACAAGGAAACUAUCUCUGCUGUUAGCCUGGGGAAUAUAGCAUGGAGCCAAGAUAUCGAAUCAGAAUAA